ACAAAAAUGUCUUGUUUGCUGCUGCAUAAAUUAUGUACUAUGCCAGGGAGAUAUGUAUACCGUAGCUAAGAAAGUAAUACUAAGUGUAUGUUGUGUAGUAAGCUGUUAGUAGCCCAUGUGCCUUACCCUAAUAAUUUGGUCCCCUUUCACCUCAUAAUUUGGCCUACUGUUCUGACUUGGUGGUGCAAAUGUAGCCUAUAGCCUGUUUUAGAGAAAUGUCAUCAUUGAAUAUUGUAAGAGCUUUCAUUGUCUGCUUACAGUGGUCUCCAAAAUUACUGGCAUCAUAUGAUGAUACGCCUGACUGGCAAUGCACAAACAAUACUUUAAAAAAUAUAAAAAAUAUAAUUAUAGAGAGAAACUCAAAAUACCAACAUGUGAGAAAUACUGUAUUUUAUUAAUGUUUCAAUGGAACCAACCAAAAUAAUUUAUUGAUUUAAUAAAUUAAAAAUCAAUGUCCUCCAAAUCAAGGUUUCACAAUUAAUGGCACCCUUAAAGAUUAUUGUAAAUAACAUCUACCAAAAUUAAACCACAAUAUGCCCCCUUUAUUUAUCGUACGGUUCUGACUUGGUGUACAGGGAGAAUACUGUAAGAACGGUCCAUGUUCUGAAUUCUGUCGCUGUACAUUUCAAAAGUGCUGAACAAAUAGGUAUAUUGACUACGUCCAUUCUAGCUCGAUCAUUAAUGUCUUAAUCGAAAUUAUGUAUUGUCAUCCCCUUAUGCGAUCAUUUGUACAUUUCAGUUAUCAGUAGAAACCACAUUUGUUUAAGCAAGUAAACCAUAUCAGCUAUGGUUUUUUUUAAAGGCAGUAAAUGAGGCUGAAUUAAAUGUUUUUCUGCCUGACAAGGCUCCGCUGAUAGCCAGGUGUAACAGUGGUAAAGUGUUGGGACUGCUUUCGGGACUCUGCUGUUGGGACAGCUUUAUGUAGGCCCUAACAGUUAGUGGGCACCGUUUGUCACCCUUAUAGUCCAAUUAUAAUGUAUUGUUUAGGGUUGUAUUGUGUUAUGUAGUGGAUUUGCUGGGAUGCGUCUAAAAGCUUUUAUUUUUAUUGCCCCACCAAGAUUUACAUGCUAAAAUCGCCACUGGUCAGGUGAUUCACUUCAAUCACCAAUAUGUCACACCUGUGUGCUCUUUAUCCUGUACUCAUAAACAUUUCCAUGUUUUUGCUUUUAGGGAUGAAUACGAGGGCUUAGUUGAUGUUCGGCCGGCAAGGUAGAGACGUGUUUUCUGCUUUCUCUGUGAUGCAUAUUAUUUACAUUUUUUUCUUUCUGCAUCGUUAGGAAGGGCCCGUAAGUAAGCAUUUCACUGUUAGUUUACACCUGUUGUUAACAAAGUAUGUGACAAAUACAAUUUCAUUCGAUAUUGUGAGAGACAGGUGGGUUUAGCCUGGUCACUCCUUUAGCAACCUAAAAUGACCAUGAUGAAUAAAAAACAAACAGUAACAGCAUUAGCAUAUUUACCAUUACACCAUCGUUCAUAUUUAAGACAAAUCAUGUUUUCCGAUCUCAAGGACCAUUUUAGAUUUAAAUUUAGCUACACGUAACCCAAAACAGGUUACAGCAUUGAAAACAUUCACCUUUUACUUCAUUCCCUUAUCUUCUAGUUUGACCAUUAAGCUGUUCACGUCUCAAUUGUUUCCCAUCUAGCACCAUUCAGAUUAGCCUAAUAGCCCAGAAAGGUUUCCACUGAUCAUAUUAAGGGUAGUUACCUCCAAUCUAGAGAACAAUUUUAAACAUCCUAUUAUUUUACUCAGUGAGGAAAACAGGCUUAAAAGUUUUGAAUUUAUUAGAAAGCUUGCUUAUCGGAAGUAUGUGUAUAUUAUUGCCCUAAUGUAGUGGAACUAAGGUGUUAUUCCUGUUGAUAUGCCGGUGUUGCCACAAAUCACCUCUGAGAAACUGUAUAAAAGGACCAAUGUCUUGUAGCAAUUCACAAAAAGCCUGCAUCUCUCACUGAAGAAUAUCCAUUCACAAGGUAAGAUAGUUUUCAAAAUAUACCCUUCCAGUAUUCUGUUGUUCCAACUAUACAUUUCUACUUAAUACAUGCAAUCUUGUGUCUAGCUUACUGUAUGUGUAAUACAUUUACAGAAAUAUAACAGUUAUUUAGAAAUAUAAAGGCAUCCCUAUAUUGUAAGUGUAAGACAUUCUCCACAAUUGCUGUUUUUUUUCUCUUCCUGACUUUCUCUGACUCUCGCUUCUCUCCUCGUUUAGUUUUGUCACCAUGAAGGUAGCUUUGUUUUCACUGGUGGUUCUCUGCCUGGCUGGGAUGCUGCAUGCUGAAGUCCUGUCCCAGUCUGACGAGAACAGUCUCACAGAAAAUGGACAGGGUUUGGGGAGAAGAUAUGCAGAGUCAACCAUCGCCAGUGACAUGAGCAAAAUCAUGGACUCCAUGGUGCAGAAGAAUUUUGUCAACUUCCUGCUCAACCAGAGAGAGAAAAAGAGCAUGUCUAAUGUCACUCCAGAGGAAGAUCCAGAGGCUCGGCUGUACAACAAUCUCCUGAAAAUGCUUGCACUGUGCAUUCGCAGCAAGGGACAGAUCCAUUGAUGUUUUGAAGAAUAUCAACAAAUUAUCAACAUAGGUGGGAGAGUAAUGCAAAGAAGUCAACCAAAACAUUAUGACAAUUUGGAGGAAAAUGUAUGCUUUCUAUUUUUGUGUACACAAAAUAUAUUGUAAAGUUAGAAAUAUGAAUCCAGCAUGUCUGAACUUUUUCAUAAAUAUUUGCUAAGGGGAAAUAAAAUAGCUUGAAGUAAAAAAAAAAAAUUGGCCUCACUGAGUUGUUAAUUGCAUCUAGCAUUUUGCAUGAGAUAAACAUUUCACAAAAGUAAAAUCUUGAAUUGCAAUAUUUUCACAAAUGUUCAAAUUUUUCACAAACGUCACACCUUAAAGAGUCCUACUGGUCAUAUUGAAAGAAUAACAAGGUCCUUUGCGUAGCUUGAGAGGAGGCUUCAUAUACAGAGCAUUCGGAAAGUAUUCAGACCCCUUGACUUUUCCCACAUUUUCUUACGUUACAGCCUUAUUCCAAAAUUGGUUUCAUUCUUUUUCCCCCUCAUCAAUCUACACAAACGUAUUACAUUUUUGCAAAUGUAUUAAAAAUUAAAAACAGAAAUACUUUAUUUUACAAAAGUAUUCAGACCCUUUGCUAUGAGACUCGAAAUUGAGCUCAGGUGCAUCUUGUUUCCAUUGAUCAUCCUUAAGAUGUUUCUACAACUUGAUUGGAGUCCACCUGUGCUAAAUUCAAUUGAUUGGAAAUUAUUUGGAAAGGCACACAACUGUCUAUAUAAGGUCCCACAGUUCAUGUCAGAGCAAAAACCAAGCCGUGAGGUCGAAGGAAUUGUCCAUAGAGCUCCGAGACAGGAUGUGUCAAGGCACAGAUUUGGGGAAGGGUACCCAAAAAAUGUCUGCAGCGUUGAAGGUCCCCAAGAACACAGUGUCCUCCAUCAUUCUUAAAUGGUAGAAAUGUGGAACCACCAAGACUCUUCCUAGAGCUGGCCGGCCAGCCAAACUAAGCAAUCGGGGGGAGGGCCUUGGUCAGGGAGGUGACUAAGACCCCAAUGGUCAGUGGUUAAAAACAAAUGGCAAGAGUUGUGGAACAGGGAGAGAAAGGGAAGACACCUGUAUAAGAUCCAGGAAAAGUUGGGGGCAGGGAGAUCCUCAGGCCAAGAGAGAAGGGAGGAAAGUGUAAUCAGAAGGCUGAGACUGCGACACACAGGGCUCAAUAGUACCAUGAAAUUGGUGGGGAGGUGGAAGGUGUCCUGUGUGGCUCAGUUGGUAGAGCAUGGUACUUGCAAUUCCUGGGUUGUAGGUUCAAUUCCCAUGGGGGACAAGUAUGAAAGUGUAUGCACUCACUCCUUCACAGUCUCUGAUUCACAGUCUAGUU